AUGAAGCCUAGUCCGCAGGGUGACUGUUGUCAUAAUGAUCAGACCAUGCAGCACAUUAUUUCUGAAUACUCGCUGCGACAGUUCGACGGCAGCAUAGCUGAUGCCCAGAAUACUACCGCGGCGACCAUUCACUGGCUUAAGAAUCUUGACAUUGAAAUGAUGACUGAUCUGACGUCCCCCUUGGAAUGGCAGAGCGUGACUUACGAAGAUCAAGAUCAUUUGAUGCAUUCCGGAAGUUUCAGGCAGCAACACGAUGAAUUACGCCCUUCGGGAAGAAGCAGUAAACAUCACAAAACUACCACCACAACCCUUAAAAGUGAAACUUCUCGUCAUGUCACUCUUCCUGGAAGUAGAAUCGACCUCCAUCGAGUAGAUUUUUCUGACCUAGACAAGCUAAUCUAUCGCGUAUUUCACAUGCUUUUCCAUGUCGAAGAAAGUUUCAUUGGUGCCCCACGAAACUUCGUUGACGUUGGUCUGCGAGAUGUCACCGGAAAUCACUACACAUCAAAUUAUGACGCUUAUAAGUCUUCCGAGUUUGACACUCGCCGUCGUCACUAUUCCGAGUCAUCUACGAUUGAAGAAGUGUCUGUACUUGGCCAGUCUUCACAACGGCCACAACAAAGAGUCAGCACUGGCAGACUAAAGUUGUUCUUGAUCAUCGCGCUGCUGCUUCCGUUGAUGUUUCUUAUCCCGGCCUUGUAUGCGAACCGUAAGUAG